AUGGGGCUGCCGUGCUCGGUUCUCCAUUUUGUAUGUUUUUCCUCGAGGUUAGCGCCUACUUUCCUAAUGGCUAGCCACAAAUCCACAUAGCUUAGCCACGUUAACAUUUCGCUUGACAUUUUAACAGCUUGACCGAACUGGGACACUGAAAACGGAUCAGACGCGCUCGGUUCGCCGUGUUUUGUCGUUUUUAUUUGUCAUGUAGCCUCGAUCCGACGUCUGAGGAGUAACCGAGUCAGUCAGCGUGUUGUGAACUGCCACUUUCAACCAAAACAAUGUUGACAGACGACCUGUGGACACAUAUCAGCAACCAGUCAUUUCAAGGAUGGACAAAGGUGGAGUGAAGAAGAUAGCAUACAGAAAAGAUGAACAUUUAAGCAAACUGGUCUACACUGAAAGCCCAGAGGAGGGAGGUCUGUUGAAAGUGGCUCCUCGCAGUGCCAUAUCCAUCACCUCUGCCACCUCUGUCAUCCUUCCAUCCAGCUCAUUGAUGCAGCCAGGACAGGUGCCCAACGGCCUCAGCAACAGCCCCCUUCCAGAGGAGCUCACCUCCACCUCUGUCACUGCCACUGUAGGCUCCCUGUUAGACGGCCCAGAGACCAGGGGCCUGACCAAAGAUCAGAGGUUGCAGCAGCAGCAGUUACUUCAGACACAGACUUCCACUACUUUUGGGCGUCAAAACUUGGCAGACAAUUUGCCCCACGUGGAAGCCAGUGUAGCGAACAUUACCCAGUCCUCCAUGGAUUCACUUAUUGGAGGAUCAGAUCCCAAUUUCUUCCAUAUGAAAACAGAGGAUUUCUCCAUGGAUAAAGGAGACCAGGACCCCAUUGACCUUGAUCAUCCAUUCGGGAUUGGGAAGGAUGUGGACGUGAACCAGAAGUUGUUCAGUGACAAUGCUCUGGACCUGCUUCAAGACUUUGACCUCACUGGGUCCCCCUCAGAUUUUUAUGUAGGGGAUGAUGCCUUUCUGUCCACUCUGACAGAUGAUUCUUUGCUUGGGGAUGUUAGCUCAGAGAAGGACAUGAAGCCUGCAGUGGUUGAGAGCAGUAACACCACUCUGGCAGUCACUGUUGCCCUUAAUGGCAGCAACAUGACAAAUCCAGAUCAGUCCAGCUCCUGCAUAUCCACAACUGCUUCCUUAACCUCCACAACCACUUUGUCUGCUUUGGUGAAAAAAGAAAAAGAUGCCAGCUUCAUUCAGCUCUGUACCCCAGGUGUGAUUAAACGGGAGAAGACAUCUGCAGGCCACAGUUAUUGCCAAAUGAGCGACUCGUCCUCUGCAGACAUGCCUGGCACUAACUCCAUCUCCAUCUGUGGGGUCAGUACUUCAGGAGGACAGAGUUACCACUUUGGAGUCAGUGCCAGAAACAACGAAGCUCAGCAGCAAAAGGAUCAAAAGUCAGUGACCAGCCUGUAUCUCCCAGUAACGACCAUCGGUGGGGCCUGGAACAGAGGCCAGGGUGUUGGGGACAACCUGGCAAUGCACAGGGCCAGUGAGGCUUUCUCAAGUUCUCCAUCCUUCCCCUCCACCUUUGCCAGACAAGAAGGGGGCACCGCUGCAUCCUCGGCACAGGGAAAGAGCGGAGGUCAUAAAAUCUGUCUGGUUUGCUCGGACGAGGCUUCAGGCUGCCACUAUGGCGUUCUCACCUGUGGCAGCUGCAAGGUCUUCUUCAAGAGAGCAGUGGAAGGGCAGCAUAAUUACCUGUGUGCCGGGAGGAAUGACUGCAUAAUAGACAAGAUCAGGAGGAAGAACUGCCCUGCGUGCCGCUUCCGCAAGUGUCUGAUGGCAGGCAUGAACCUGGAAGCUCGCAAAACCAAGAAGUUGAAUCGCUUAAAGGGUGCCAACAUGAGCAACCCGCCCGAGGUGACACCUUCUCUGCCAAUUGAGGCUCGUUCCCUUGUGCCCAAGUGUAUGCCUCAACUUGUCCCCACAAUGCUGUCCCUGCUGAAGGCCAUCGAGCCGGACACCAUCUACGCCGGCUACGACAGCACCCUGCCCGAUACCUCCACCCGCCUCAUGACCACCCUCAACAGGCUGGGUGGCCGGCAGGUCAUCUCUGCUGUCAAGUGGGCCAAGGCUCUACCAGGAUUCAGGAACCUGCACCUUGAUGACCAGAUGACUCUACUGCAGUGCUCCUGGCUCUUCCUCAUGUCUUUUGGUCUGGGAUGGAGGUCUUACCAACAGUGCAACGGCAACAUGCUGUGCUUUGCGCCAGACCUUGUCAUCAAUGAGGAGCGGAUGAAGCUGCCCUACAUGGCCGACCAGUGCGAGCAGAUGCUGAAGAUUUCUAGCGAGUUUGUCCGGCUGCAGGUUUCCCACGACGAGUACCUGUGCAUGAAGGUCCUGCUUCUGCUCAGCACAGUGCCAAAGGACGGCCUGAAGAGCCAGACGGUGUUCGAUGAGAUUCGGAUGUCGUACAUCAAGGAGCUGGGCAAAGCCAUCGUGAAGCGCGAGGAGAACUCCAGCCAGAACUGGCAGCGUUUUUACCAGCUCACAAAGCUACUGGACUCCAUGCAUGAGAUGGUCGGAGGAUUGCUCAGCUUCUGCUUCUACACCUUUGUGAAUAAAUCGCUGAGCGUGGAGUUCCCGGAGAUGCUGGCGGAGAUCAUCAGCAACCAGUUACCAAAAUUCAAGGCCGGGAGCGUGAAACCCCUCCUCUUCCACCAGAGAUGACUGAUCCCCCCGUAGUAGACACAAUGCCUUAAAAAUCCCACCACAUCACCUCACCUUCCCAGCCCAACUCACCCAACCACCCCCUUAGAAGAGCGACGAUAAAAGGACUGAGGAUCCAAGGCGAGGAGUGAAUGAUGUUUUUGGGAGCGAGUAUGCAACUUGGCUCGCUGAUCUGGAGGAAGAGACCAGAGAUGUUUGUGUAGAUCCCAGACAGCGAGCACAAGACAUUUUGUUUUGUUAAACAGUCUAAGAUGUAGUGAAUAACAAAGAGUAGGAAACGUUUGGAAGAUAAGAGAUAAUCAGAAAGAGAAAUAGGCUAACAUCAAUGUUGUCUCAGGUUUCUUACCUUCGAAUUCAGAACGAUAUCUAAAAUAGAUAGAACAAAUAUCUAUUUACAAGUUCUGAUAGUAUUUUCUACAUUUUCAAAUUAUAACAGUUUAUACAAUUUUCCAGGUCGUUGUUGCCUGGGGAGGUAACAAAGCUUAAUACCAUGCUCUUAAGUAGGCUUCUAGACUGUAUGUUCCACUUUUAGUUUUUAUAGGAGGUUAUAACAAAAUGUUUCAGUCACACCGGGCGGAAACUCUGUUUUCUAGUCAUUUGAAAAGCAUAUUUCAUUGCUUUGAUCGAGUAACUUUUGACAUAAACAAUUCUGGGGAACUAUUAACCGACAUCCACCAUUCAAAGGACAGUUUCUCCCACAAGCCACCUCUUCCAGGUUUACACGCCUCUAUUAUAAAAGGGAAAAAAACGUGCCUUUUUUGCUUCAAAUAUCAUCUUAGCCAUUUUCUUCCUUCCGGACUUCUCUUUAACCUGCCACGGUCUACCUUCAUCAUAUGUUGAUUGUACUUUUUAUAUUACAUGCAGUUGCAAGUUUUCCUUUUUAAAUGGCUGUGUUUAUCUUCAGAAGCAGUGGCUCAGUCCAUCCUUCAUGUGUAGAAACGAUUCUUAUUGUUACGAAACAAUAUUCAAGGACUACUUCCUUUCAUGCGAUCUCCCGCACACAAGUCCUUAAGUGCGAUUUGAGCACUUUGUACUCUGCUAAAGGCUUUAAAAGACUGUGAAGAAAGGCUGUUAUAUUGUACCAGUCUUUACUGUAUGACCUUAGAUGGAAGUUAGAACUUUUUCUAUUAGGAAAUAGCCCAUUUUUUGCUUUCAUUUUUAGCACCCCACUCCUGCCCCAGUAGUCCAGUAGUGGAAUGUGAUAGAUACCUGCGUCUACCAAUCACAAGUGAGAGGGCGUAUUUUGUUGUGUUUGCAAGAUUGUCAUUUUUAAUUAAUCAGGAAAACUAAUUUCUGUGUUUUUAAUAUGGCUCAAACUGGUUGGAAAAUAACCGUCCUUCACAUUUGAAAUUCUUUUACAGUCUUUGGUAAAAAUGCAGCCAUGAUUCUGCUACUCAUGAUCCUUCUUCGACAAUAUGUCUCUGCUCUUAAAAAGCAUAUGCUUCAGAUAACUUUUUUUUAAAUUGAAGUGUUAUAUUGCUAUUUUUGUUAAAGUUGAACAUUUUGGGAAAUACAGUGCCUCAAUUUUUUUUGAAAAUGAUGAUACUAGGGCGACCCCUAGUAUCAUCAUUUUCAAAAAAAAUUGAGGCACUGCCAAUCGCAGUGCUGAUAUCAACACCGAUUAUUAGAUGCUUGCAAUCAAUUUACAUUUGUAAUUAGAAUGAAAAUCUGGGAGUCAAAAAUUAGAAUAGCAGAAGCUUCAAAUAAAAAUUUAGUUGAAAUGCCUGCAUUUAUGUUUUACAUGUUUAACCUAAAGAUAACUUUUUUUGGCAGUGCAGAGAGGGAAUCAGUUUUUUAAAAAUCCUUUAAAAAAUACAUAAAAUGAUACCAAUAAUUUGAAAAAUACUAAAUAUCAGAUGCGACAAUCAGCCGUACCAAUAAUCGGUUGACCCCUGAUUGAUGCCACUGUCGGAUCUGUACCGUUAAUGUUGGGCAGCAGUAGGUUAACUUACCUCAACUUGAAGACUGGAAGGAGCUAGCUCGGUUCUGUUGAAAGGGAGCGAAAUCCAUCUACCAGCUCAUUAACCUGUAAAAACAACAGUUCAGCCUCUUUUAAUAUAACGGACUAUUGUAUGACCAGCACUAGUUGCCAGGCAACCAGUGGAGGCUUCAAGGAUGUAAUUUAUCCCGGCCAAAAAAUAGUCUGCCACAAAACCCACCAGAAAAGCUGAAUGUCGUAAAAGAUUUUUUUGUACAGUAGCAUGUGUAUUGCUGAGCUGUGGAGGUGCCAGUAAACAGUUUUUAUCUUCAAAAGGCGAGCUCAGCUGUCCAGUCUUUAUGCUAAAGCUAAGCUAACCAGCUGCAGCUUAACGUUCGUUGUACAGACCCGAGUGGUAUCGAUUUCUACACCUUGCUCUCAGCAAGAAAGCGAAAAAGAGUAUUUGCCAAAAUGUUAACGCAUUCCUCUUAAAGUCAACAGUUUGUAUGAUAGACAGCUUGUGUAUACGGCACUUUGGUACCAUGCGUUGGCAGAUUAAUUACCCUGUAAACCUCCCACACCUGCUGAUACCCUCUGACCCCCUCCUGCUGAGCUCCUUCAAUUUGCCCUGAUGUCUAUGUGUCUUUAGUACAUUUGCACAUCUGUUUGAUUGUCUGUUUGUAGUUGAGCCCCAGCGUUUGACAGCACUUCUCAUCGUUCACCUUCUAGAGUCCUGUCACAGUGGAAGUGAAGCAUUGCUGCCUGGGGGAGGCAAGCAAAAUGGAUCCUUUAAUCUCUGGGAACUAUUUCAGUGCCAAACUCCUGUUUUGUCUGUUUUCAGUGAUGCCGAAAGUUGGUCAGUAGGAAACAAAUCCACGCAGUGAAGCUUAUGAAUUAGUCUGUUGAUUAGAGGGAAACGUCCUGAAUCAUGUUGAGUUUGAGCCCACCGGAUUGAUGUCGUUAUUGAGUGAUAACCGAGCUUUAUUCAUAACACAAAGGUCUUGUGUAAUCACACAUUAAUGCAGGUCUGUCUCUGUCUGUGUGGAGUAAACAGGAAUUUGAAAUGCAUUGCAACAUUUUCAUCAGUUGAGAUUGUCGCCCAGCGUGUUUGUUUAUGUUUAAAGCAUCAACUAAUCCAGGUUUUUGUAUGAAUGUGAAACGGAUUUCAUUUAACUUCAAACAAAAGUUGUUGACAGAUAAAGGGUUAGCUAACUGUCACUUAUAAAUAAUUGGAUAUUUAUGUGAAGUGAGCAUCCGCAAAGUGCUCAGUGAUAAAGUUAAUAUGAAAAAUAGUGCAAUUCUGUCCCAACAACAAGAACAAAAGCACUCAUGAAUUUUAAACCGCUCCCAUGCUCAGGUUGUUUUUGAUUCACACAGUAUGUAGCUGUCCACGUUUAGUUCUGACAAAAAGAACCAAAAACUGUUUGGAUUUCCUCAUGUGUCUGCUUCUGUGUUUUAUGCUGUUUAUUUGUGCGGGAUAAAAAAAGAGAAAAAAAAAAGCUAAGUUGAUACAUCAGCAAAGUUUGAAGCAUCUGCUGCCACCGAUGUCUUUCAUACUUGAGUCUCAUACAACAUGCUUGUUAUUUUUCUUUGAAGCUUAUUCAAAAUAGUGGAAAACCAUCCUCAUUAACUGCAGAGGGGUUACUCGUGGGUUACUUUCACAUUCAGUGUAUCCAAAUCUCUGCUGCUGCUGUUCAUUUAGAAAGGUAUCUAUAUAUAUAUAACUAUAUACAUGAAAUCGCACACUUGCCUCAUCUUGCUCAAAAAUGUAUCCUUUUUACCUUCUUGUACAUUUUUGAGGAGGACAAAUGAAUAUGCAAUAGAAACACAUAAACUAUCACCAUCACAUAACAUUUAUGUGCUUACUUCUCUUACGUAUUUCAGUUUUUUUUUCUGAUAUAAGCUAUUUGCAUACAGGAGAUUCACGUAUAACUUUAUCUCUGCAGGCCAGACUUUUCAGGAUAUUCAGGAAACAGUAAUCGGUCCAGCCAGACUGCACAAAAAACCUAUUUGAUGUUUGACAAGGUGACCAAAGCAAAUACACACAGAUUCAGCAUUAUGUCAGUGUGAGCUAAGGAGCUCCUAUGUGAAAAAUGUACAGUUCAUUUUUUAAACACAUUUUUUGUGUGGAUUUUGUUUUUUUUUCUUACUUCUUUCCGACACAUUUUUUACUCUAACGUGACGGCUUUGGUCAAAUUGUGUAAUACUGUGAAUAGGAUAGGAGUCGGUCUUUUUCACACACAAAAACUGUUUGUGAAAGUAAUCAACCAGCUUGAAUCUAAAAAUAUUUGCACUACCCAAAUAUUGUUUGAAAAUCUAUUUUGUAUAAAACAUAUGCAGACAUUAACUUUUGAGAAUUAUCAAGGGCAGAUCAUGUUUCACUGGUAUAUGCUUUCUCUAAAAAGCUUUUGUUUCGCUUAAAAACAAGUUUAAUAUGUACAUAUAAUCCAUUGUAAAGAAAAUGUGGUGUAUUUGUCUCCAAAUAAUAGUUUUUCAGUACCUACCCUCUGUAUUAUUUCUCCUCUGUAGUGUGACUCCUGUUGAUCUUUUUCUGCAUUGAUUAAAGGUCGAACUGUA